CCGCCAUUAAACAAGAAGAAGAAGAAGAAGAAGAAGCGCAAAGGCAUUAGUGGAUAUCGUUUAUACAGUAACGUUGUUUACGAAGUAUGCGGUAAGACAAAUGUGAACAGGUAACGCACCCUGUGUUGUCCUUUUCCUGAGCACGAUGGCUACUCAGAGAGUGCUCCCUCAAAGCAAAGAGACGCUGCUGCAGAACUACAACAAGAGACUGAAAGAUGACAUCAGGUCCAUCCUGGACAAUUUCACAGAAAUUAUCAAAACAGCAAAGAUAGAGGAUGAGACACAGGUGGCCCGAGCAACUCAAGCAGAGCAGGACCAUUAUGAGAUGCACGUAAGAGCAGCCAACAUUGUACGAGCUGGUGAGUCCCUGAUGAAGCUGGUGUCCGAUCUGAAGCAGUUCCUGAUACUGAACGACUUUCCCUCUGUGAACGACGCCAUCACCCUCCAAAACCAGCAGCUCCGCUUGCUGCAGGACGAGUGUGACAAGAAGCUCACCUCGCUCCGUGAUGAGAUCGCCAUCGACCUGUAUGAGCUAGAGGAAGAAUAUUACUCCUCCAGGUACAAGUAGGCUCAUACGUGCCCCCAUCCCACUGUCCCACUGUUGUCCCAUGACCAGCACAGUGUACCGUCGUCUCACUUUUACCAUUCUCUGCAGAGACCCAACACCUAAACAUGAAACUUUUUCGGGUUGAAUUAUCUCUUCGUCACAUCCAAACGGCACCAUUCAUCAACACAAAUCAUUGCAGAGGGUUGUUGUGAUACAGCUCAUGUCACUUUUACAUUUUUAUUUGUUUUCCUGCUCUAUGACGUGUCGUAAUUUAGAGAGGACUUCAGCAUUAAAGGGGUAUGCAACUGAAUAUAGGAAGCAUCAAUGUUUCCAGCUCUUGAACUGCGACAGUUUAACGUGUGUUUUUGGCCGUUCGAUGCUGUUUGACAUCCAGAAUUGUUGUUAUUUUUUGUUGAGACAAGGAUUCAUAUAAUUCAGGACAGCUGGGUUUAUUUCUAAAUGGUGAUCAGACUUUCAGUUUCCUGGUCUGCAGCGUCCCAAAAGGCUUGAGAAGGGUUUUAACAAAUACUGUCAGGGCACACAGGAGCAUGUUUUAGUGGUACGUAAAUAACAAGGCCUUUCCUCCUGGUUCAUUUACAACUAACAUGUUUUAAUUCAAAGUUAUGAUCAGAGUUCAUUAAAAUCCAUGCAUCUAAAACACUUAGUGUUUUAUCUAUGGAUGGUUGUGAAAGGGCUUCUGGGUGUAGCAACACAGAGCUUUGUGAGGAAAGUCAACUCCCUUUAGAAGAAUUACACUUUGAAAGAACUAAAACUAUAAAAUAAUAUAGAUUUUAAAAUAUGUAAUUCAUUUAAGAUUAUUUAUGUGUAAUGUUUAACUCAUAAAUGUAAUGGUGAUGACCUAAUAUGGUAGAUUUUAAGGAUGAACUAUGGAUGAAUGUUUGGUAUACACUGUCAAAUCAGGGACAACUGUUUGUUCUUUAUUCGAGGUCAAAUCAGAAGCUACUCAAGAGUUUCUCAAGUAGACGUUUUCUGUCAAAGCAAUUAGGUUAUUUUUUAACUGAUUCCGUCCUUACGAACACACGUGACUCAAGCUGUAACCCUGCACAUGUCUUUCUAGCACACGUGAUGUGGUUUUACAUGUGUACAAGUUUGUGCCAGCUGUUCCAGUAGAUCCAGAAUGAUUAAGAAAUAAAGUAGAGACAAAACACUGUA